UCCCACCCUGUUACUUGUUUUUAUAGCAGUGAAUUGAAACAUGCCUAAAAAAAAAGGCAAUUAAGUAUUCCAAGCACCACCUUCCCCCACAAAAAAACACAAACAAAACCAACCAAACAAAAAAUCAACAAAUGUCAACUUUUUGUCUUUCUUUUAAGGAGGAUGUGAAAAUUAGGGAUCUCAGCAGAGAUUAACAGGUAGGUUUCUGCAUUAUAAUAUGACAUAAUUUUGAUAGGCACUUUGUAAGAGAGGUGUAGAAUUCAUUAAUCCGUCCCCCUUAUUGUGAAAGGAGAAAGUUGUAAAGUGAUUUGACCUUGGUUUGUCUCAGCUUCAACCUUUGUGUGCACAUUUCAAACAUGUUUACUUGCCACACCUUGUGGUGGGAAGCUUUUUUUAAGAUUUUCCUUAACCUGAACUGUAACUUUGAUGUUGGUUUUUGCCCUGCUAUCAUAGGCAGGAGCCUGGAGGACACUGAGCUAUCUUAAAAUUGCUUCCCUGUGGUGCAGGAGAUCCACGGGGAGCUGAAAAUUGAGCGAAUGUGUGGCAGUCAGGCGGUCCUCUCUGAAGUCACGUUCUGCUGGGUUUUAACCAGUCAGGUCAGGAUGUCCAGCCCUGGGGAUAACAGCUGUGGCAACCUCCCUAGCAACUGGGAAACACUGGCAGCAAAAGGCUCCCUGUGUCCAACAGGCAAAAGGGUGGCAUUUCUGCAUUCAGACUAAAUCCAGGUGGUGUAUUGUUACCAAUAGCUGGUCACGGCCGAGUCCCGCAGGCAGCAGCUUUUCCAAGUAUGGCUCGUUUGGAAGGGCCCCUGCCCAGGGGUCACAGGUAUUGCAGUGUGAGGCCAGCUUUGGACAAGUUUUCAUGUUCCACUGUCAUAUCCACAAUUAAUCCCUGCUGCAGGAGCUCUUUUGUUGUGUAUCCUGCCUGGAUUGCUGAGCACCUUGACCCCAAAAGGGCUGACCCGUUUUCUUCGAGGUGCCAAUGGAUCAGCCACUGCCUCCCCUCCCCUGGCCCAGCAUGGAAGAGCCUGGGGGACUCAGGGGGCACAGACUGCAACGUGCCUGUGCUGGCUAGAGGGGAACAAGAUGGAUUUUAUUACCCUGGAACAGUAAAAGAGGAGAUAGAGAGUGAAAGAGGCAUGUUCCUAGUAGAGUUUGCCAAACCACUAGUGUCACGUGGAAGGCGUCCAGUGUGUGUGCAAAAAACAGCCCAGGAUGGCAUCCUGGAAUAUGUGAAUGGGAUGAAGCACUCCUUGCUCCCUGGAGACAGAGUGCUGGCACCCUGGGAGCCAGAUAGGGCCAGGUAUGGCCCAGGAACUGUCCUCAGAGGCAUUGAGACAAGGGAUCCCUUACGAGCCUCAGAAGAUGAAGAAAUUACAGUCCAGUUCUGGAAUGACAAGCAAGUGAAACUCCCCCGUGGUGUGGCUCUGUGGAUCCCUCCUAGCCUGUGGGAGAGGAUUGUGGAGAUGAUCCACGUGCCCUUCACCAGCAGGCUGAAGCCCAGACCAAGCCAGGACUCUAACUCUUCUAUUUUCCCCUGCAGUCCUAAGGCAGCCCUCAUUCCUGUUUGUGCUCUGUGUAGCCUUGCCAAGCACUGCUUGCUCUGCUCUCCCUGCUGGCCACAUCUCCACCACCACUGUGCUGGUGGUGUCUGCUGUUCAUUAGCCUGGGGAAGGUGCAUCUGCUGCUGCCACCCCUGUGCUGCUGCCUGGUGGCCUCUUCCCUCCAGGUCUCUGGUCUUUCAGGACAAAGCUGAAGAGGCAGAGUCCAGCAGUGAGCUCUCUCCAGGCCUUCUGGAACUGAAAGGCACAAAAGAAGGAGAAGCUGCAGCUGUGGCAACAUCUCCCUCUUCUGAUUCAGAGAGGGACCUGAAGCCAUCACCCACUAAGAGUACUCUGGGGGACAGUGCUGCUAACACAGGCUCCAGCUGUCUUGAAAAGUCCAGGCUAAGGAAUUCUGCCAGACCUGAGGGGGAAUACUGGAAAAGAAACCACUACAAGUCCCAUUCCAGUAAUUCAGGACCUGGAAAUUGUACAAAGGACCAUCUGGAAUCCAAAGUCAUCUCCACUGGGGACUUGUCCAGUGUGGCCCCAGCUCAGCAGAGUGCAAUAUUUGAAACCACUGAGCAGACUCCCAGAGGGCAACUUACACGGAAAAAAAUCCUAAGAAACCAAGAUUUCAAGCCAUCAUUGAGGGAAGGCUUUGCAGCAUCAGAAGAACAAAGAUACAAAGCAGCAUCAGAUGAUAAAUGUGAAGUGACUUGUGCUGGAGCUGACAAACCUGAUGUUACAGAACCUGUCAGAGCUCACUUGCAGCAAAGCAGAGAGAGACAUGAUCAACCAGAAUUCAGUACAUAUACUACUGAUCAAGUCAGGGGCUGAAAUUUCAGUUUUUGUGAAGCUACAAAAUAUAUCAAAUGCUCUGACCUGCUGCAUAAUGCUUCACAGAGAAUCUCUUUUACAUGAUGGCACAGAGAAAAAAAAUGACAUCCAACUUUUGGUAAGAAAUGAGUAAAUUUUGAUCCCUUAGUGAAUUUUGAUCCCGUAAACUCCAAGUUUAAUUGUUUGCUUUCAAGUGCCUAAAUGGUUGUGUUCAGCUGUGGAUUUUUAUUUGCACUUUGUAAAAUUUACCCAUGAACUUAUGGGUCUGACAUUUCCCCCUUUUAUGACUCUUCUCUACAGAAAUGACUGAAGCAGUACUGUCUUGGCUGAUGCAUAAAUGUGGAAGUCAUCCAUUGCUUGUUCCAACUUUAAUACUCUUAAUAGGGCACAAGAUAGACCCAAAAAAUAAUUUAGGUUGGAAGACACCCUUAGGAUCAUAGAGUCCAACUGUAAACCUAGCACUGCCACGUCACGGGUAAGGAUGAGCCUCACUACACUUUGUUUUGUCUUGUGUAAAACUCUAUUCUGCCCCAGUUGUUCUAGGAUUAACUGCUUACUGUGUAUGUACUGCUUUGAAAUUAUAAAGGAGCUGCUUAAGAGCUAAUCACUUCGUGUGCUGGAGUACUGUUUUCUCUAAUUUAAUUGCAGACUUGGGAUCUGUAUUAGCCCUGCAGGCAGUGAGCUCCCUGCUGAGUGAGGAUAACAGAUCCCCAAGGGCACAAACUGAAUGGAAUUUCCAGAGCUCAGAGCAGUGGCUGUGCUCACAGGGAUGGGCUGGCAGAGGCUGGCUCCAGUGUGCCCACCCAGCAGAGCAAUGGCACCUGCCAGCCAGAGCCAGCACGAGGACAGUGGAGCUGAGCACCUGCACACAGCAGCAGCAUCCCAAAUCCAGUCUGGCCUGGUUUUGCCUGGGAUAGAGCAAGUUUUCCUCCCAGCAGUUGGCAGAGUGCUGUGUUUUGGAGUUAGUAGAGUACAGUGUCGAUAACAAACUGAUGUUUUGGUUAUUGUUGAGUAGUGCUCACCCUAAGCCAAGGACUGUUCUCAUGCUCUGCCAGUGGGGAGCUGCACAAAAAGCAGGGAGGGAGCAGGGCUGUGACAGCUGACCCAAGCUAGCCAAAAGGAAAUUCCAUACCAUAGAAUGUAAUGUGUAUAAACAGGGAGAGGUGCCUGGGCACUGGUCAGCGAGUGAUGAUCAACUGUAUUGUGAAUUACUUGUUCUUCUUAGAUUUUAUUUCUCUCUCCCUUUUUCAUCACAAUUAUUACUGUUAUUACCAUUAUCAUAUUUUGUUUCAAUUAAUAAACUGUUCUUAUCUCAACCCAU